ACAGUGUUACCAAUAUUUUUCUAUGUGCAACCAGCAGAUCUGAAGUACCAGAAAAAAAGUUAUGGAAAAGCCAUGACUAAUCAUGAAAAUAAAGGCAGAUACAAUCACAAGUUGGAAUCAUGGAAGUCAGCCUUGUCUGCAGUAGGCAAUAAAAGUGGACUAUGCGUCAAUAAGAACAUAGCAUGGGGUGAGGCUAUUGACAAGAUUGUUGAAGAGGUCAGGAAAAGAGUUCCUCCCGUGCCUUUGUAUAUUGACCAUCCACUUGGAUGUGAUUCUGAACUUGAAAAAGUGGAAAAAUCACUUCUACAGAUUGAUUCUUGUGCUGCCUGUUUGAUGCUGGGAAUUCAUGGAGAUGGUGAAAUAAGCCAAUUUGUUGCUGAGCUGUAUAACAAGAUUAGGCCUCGCUUUGCAACUGCAAGUUUUCUUUCUAAUAUCAGUGAGAAAACAAAUGCAAGUGGUGGUGGUCUAGAACAUCUACAAGAAACGCUUCUUUCUGAGAUGGGAGAGGAGGUAAAGUAUAAGAUCGGAAGCACAUUCACAGGAUCCUCUGAAAUAAUGUAUAGGCUAGGCCAAAAAAGAGUUCUUCUGGUUUUGGAUGAUGUUGAUAAAAUCCAACAACUGAAGUCAUUAGCACAACGAGAAAAUUGGUUUGGUCAUGGUAGUAGGAUCAUUAUAACAACAAGACAUGAAGGUGUGCUAGAUGAGCAUUGAUUAUCUAAUGGUGUUGAGAUUAAGAAGUACCAUUUUGUUGCUGGACAGGUUGAGGAAGAUGAUGUAGAGGAAGGAGAUGUAGUGGGCUUUACAAAACACUGGAGCUUUGUAAAAGAGCAGCUGUAUGAUGCUAACAUUAACGUCACAUCCAUCAUUGGCAUGGGUGGAUUGGGCAAGACUACUGUUGCUCAAGAGAUCUAUAACAAUAAAGAGGUCAAGAAUUUGUUCCCUACCCGCGGAUGGACUCGUGUUUCCAAAGAUUACGAGCCAAGGGGUGUAUUGUUGAAGCUCAUCCAAUCUUUGAUGAAGUCCACAUCUGCAUAUCAAAAUUUAGAAGUGGAGGAUCUAAAGAAGAAAGUGAGAAAUUACCUGAAGGGGAAAAAGUACUUGAUAGUGCUUGAUGAUAUUUGGGAACCUGAA